UGAAGUAGUCGGCUCCGAUCUGUUUGAGUUUGAGGGUAAGCAGUACAUCAUACUGGUGGACUAUUAUUCAAAAUUCAUUGAAGCAGACAAGCUAAAAGAUCAGCUCAGCAGCACUACCAUCGAGGCGCUGAAAGUUCAGUUCAGCAGGCAUGGCAUUCCUGCCAUCCUACAAACAGAUAAUGGCACACAGUAUACGUCAGCAGAGUUCAAAGAGUUUUGCCAAAGCUAUGGAAUUCAGCACAAAACAUCUUCGCCGCACGCACCACACUCUAAUGGUGAGGCGGAAAGGGCAGUACAAACUGUUAAAAGACUGUGGACCAAAGCGACGGAUAAAUAUCUUGCAUUAUUGGAUUACCGGACAACCCCACUCGAGUCUGUUGGACUGUCGCCUGCCCAGUUGCUAAUGGGCAGGAGGCCUCGCAACAACUUACCUGCAGCCCGAGCACUGCUCAAACCCAUGUCCUUCGAUUCCCAUAAAGUGAAACAUUUACUAGACAAGGCAAAAGACACCCAGAAGCUUUACCACGACAGAAGAGCGGGCAGCAUCAGACCUGAGUUGCAACCCGGAGAUGAGGUCAGGAUGGCACCACAUCCUGGAAACAGGAAGUGGUCCCCAGCUGUCGUCGUUAAGCCACACAGUGCUCCACGCUCCUACAUUGUGGACAGCAAAGGCAAGCUGUUUCGUCGCAACAUACAACAUCUGCGCACUAGCACAUCUGCUGCCAAUCUUUUGCGCCACACCAUGCCCAAUGAGGAGCCCUGGUGUGAACCUGCAGGGACACCGGAAGUCAAAGAGGAUCAGUAUGCAGCUGCCCCUUCAGAGCCACCGCCUCCACCUGCAGUGGUUCCCCUGUGGGCGCCACACCAAACGAGUGAACUCUAUCGUACCAGACGUGGCAGAGCAGUAAAGCCUCCUGAUAAACUAAACUUGUAAAUUGGGUACAUCUAGUGACAAGGUGAAGCUAGGGACAGACGUGGUACAGACGUCUGAUGGAAGUGAUGUGCUGGUAACCUCUCCUUCCCAAGAUAGUUGUUAUCAGAUAAAAUCUGAAAAGUUUAUAUAUGAUUUUGGAUUCAAUGUUGACAGAACCAAACUAGAAAUGUUUUUGAGUUUCACGCUUAGAGCACAAGGAUAGCCAUUUAUUUUGUUAUUGUUAUUCAUCUCUUUAUUUUAUUACUGAGAAAGGGGGAUGUAAUGUACGGGGAAUUAAGCUAUCGCUUUUAUAAUUGUCCCUACUGCUAUCCGUAGUCCCGUUUUACGGCUGUCGCAAAAACACAAUAAAACACGUUCUCCACACGAAGCUCCCGCCUCGUCAAUGUCUCUGGAAACCUUAGCGGUUAUUUAAUAAUAUUAAAUACAUCACAAGUGUCACUGGUGUUAAAGGAUUAAAUCAGGACAGAUGACUGAUCAACUUUUUUUUCUGUUUCUUUACACCUCUCCUUAGAUUUGUUCACACUAUAAGGAACGCCGCCUGGAAGACAGCAUGGGUUCUGCUGUAUAUUUUUUGUGUUUGUGUUUUUGCUAUUGUAGCAGGAUAGAUUGCUGCAGGUGUGUCUGGAAGGGUAAUUGCAGUCCCUGGCCUCUAGGGACACUAUAAAAUGAUGAAGCGGCCCAUUUGCCGUCAUGGGCAUCUUCUGGUCUCUGGGACCGCCCACUUCCUGGUGCGCACUUCCGCUUAGCCUCACAGGUAAGGUAGCGGUGGCAGGCUGCCUUGGGAAGCUGUCGGCGGGCUUCACAUUGCUCAUGUUUGAUUUUUAUAGCUCCGGAAAACACCGCAGCCCAAUCUCGCAAUAAAGCCCUUGCAUUUCGCGUGCCGCUAUUCUGUUCCUCUCAAGUGACAAACAGUCGGCCAGGGACUUUCUGGUGCUCCCGCUAAUAUUGGAGCAGCUGCUGUUUUUUUAAAUCUGAAUUUCUGGACGACUUCACCAUCGCUUGUUCUUAACUACGCUGGAUUCUGCAAGGAUUCUGCUGGGGUGGCUCUCCCUGCAACGUCCGUCGGAGGUGCAGGAGGAAGACAUACCAGGGCACCCCCGGACUCUGCCCCCCACUGGAGAACACGAGCGGUUCUCAUCUCCAGACUUUUAACGAAAUACCCUUUUAGCUUGGUGCUUUUAAGGUUGUGAUUUUAACUAUUGAAUGAGCACUGUGUUUUGUUUUGUUUUUAUUUGGUGAAGUGGAGCUGCACGAGCCGAUCAGCUCAGCUCCCACUUCUCCUUAAAGUGUUCUGUUUUUUAUUUAUAUUUCUUUUUGUGCGUGGAUUUUAAUUAUUUGUUUUUCCCCCUGCCCUCAGUGCUGAGGACCCAGUCUUGUGCCCAGGUGGAGGUUUCCCUCGUUUGGAGUGUCGUGUCCUGGUGAAGGGAUUCACGUAGCACUGGGAACGAAGACGCAGCGUGAUGGAUUUUGAAGAAAUAUCACAAAAUGAGAUGACGGAGAACAUCGCUGAAUUGGACCACAGCUUCUCUCAGCUGAGGGCCGGAAACGUCCAGAUGAGGCACUUUGUAAACGCCGUAGACGAGAUAACAAUGCUUCGCUUGGACAACUCCAGCCUCAAAAAACAACUGGAAGCGAAAACAGAGGUGGAGGCGGUCGGGGAGUCCCCACUUCCCUCGCUCCAUCUCUGCCCACGCUGUCGGCGGGGGCUACCUGGUGGAUCCUGCCAGUAGCAUAUGCUAGUCUCAAAGAUUAAGCCACGCAAGUCUAAGUACACACGGCCGGUACAGUGAAACUGCGAAUGGCUCAUUAAAUCAGUUAUGGUUCCUUUGAUCUCUCAAACGUUACUUGGAUAACUGUGGCAAUUCUAGAGCUAAUACAUGCAAACGAGCGCUGACCCUUGCGGGGAUGUGUGCAUUUAUCAGACCCAAAACCCAUGCGGGGCUGCUCUUCCGGGGGCGCCCCGGCACCUUUGGUGACUCUA